AUGGUUGAGUUCGUACCCGUGCGUUACCUGCUUUUCAUUAGUAGUGAGUUACUUGUUAUUGCUGCCAUUUAUAAUUGUAUGUGUGCUGUUGAAGUACUACUUGGAAAAAUCAAUGUCGACAUCGAGUCAGAAAUGAAAAUCGGUUAUAUGUCGGGUGUAACGGCACUGUGGUGUGCAUCGGCACAUGGUCAUUUGAAUCUCGUUAAAAUGCUUAUACAUCAUGGAGCAGACGUCAACCAUUGCACCACAAACGGUUCAUCACCAUUGAGAGCGGCAUGCUCUGCCGGACAUUUCGAUAUUGUGAAAUGUUUGAUCAAAAACGGUGCUCAUGUUAAUGCGGCCAACAAACAUAAUAAUACAUGCAUAAUGGUAGCUGCCUUCUAUGGCCACUUGCACAUAUGUAAAUAUCUCAUAUAUAAGCAUGCCGAUGUAAAUAGAGUCGACGAUGAAAGUUCGACCGCGUUGCAUCAGGCUGCCAUGAACGGUUAUCUCGACAUUGUUAAAUGUCUCGUUGAACAUGGCGCACAUAACUCUAGAAAUACUGUCGGAUGCACACCCUUGAUGAUGGCUAUUCAUAACGACAACACGAAAAUUGUCGAUUAUCUAACUCAUACUUCUGGGUUAGUCACAGUCUUUGAAUUCAUCGAAGAGCUUGAACGACUAGCUAUUUCUGACAUAGAACCAGUCAGAGCUUACCAAUAUCUGAUGAAAGCCAUGGAACUCCGAUAUACUGCAUACUAUAAGCCUAUUAUGAAAUAUACAUUACCUCCGAUAGAAGCCUAUGGGUAUCAUUCUGAGAGUAAAACCAUAGAAGAACUGCAAUCAGUUCAAUUAAAUCGAGAGUUACUAUUAAUGGAAAUACAUAUUUGUCGAGAAAGAAUAUUAGGAGAAAAUCACGAAUUAGUAAUCAAAUCUAUGGUUUCUCUAGGCAAAUAUUUUCGUGACACGUCAAGAUUCGAUAAAUGUAUACUAUUGUGGCUACGCGUAUUAAUGCUCACUAAACGCCAUCGAAAACCGUUAGAUAACACUCUUUCAAAGUUUUCCUAUCUAUUUGACGAUAUGGUGAAUAAAAACAUGGAUAUCAGCACCGCAGUAGUAAUUAAAAUUCUAACAAGUACCGUUGAAGAACUCGAGCGUAUGAAAAACUGUCUUACUUGCGAUGAAGAUUGGAUCAUUGAUGAUAUUCUACUUACCAUGUCCAAGUUGAUUCAUUCUACAUCAGUGGUAAGAUAAGUCCAAUUUCUUUGACAUUUUUCUCAGUUUUUCUCUUCAUAUAGCUAAUGAUAACAAAAACAGUCGAGGAACAACGAAUCAUCAAUAGACUGAUAUAUCGUUUAAACCGUUCAAAUUUCAAAACAAAUGAAAACGGUUCAUCACUGCUACAUAUCUGUUUCAAUACGUAUACUUUUGAGUAAGUUUAAGAUUUAUGCAAAUUAUGGUGACACUGUCGAUAAUUUUUUCUAGCUCUCAAUCUAUGUCUGCUGCUUAUUUGUUAAUCGACAACGGUGCAAAUAUAAAUAUCAUGGACAAUGAUCGCAACACACCACUCCACAUAAUUGCUGCCAAAUGUGACGCAUCAAUCGCUAUACCGAUCAUAGAUAAGCUUCUCGAACAUGGCGCACAUAUGGAUGUAGUCAACUACUAUGACGAAACUCCUGUAGAAGGCUCCUUUUCGAAAGAAAUGUCAUGCCAUUUAAAAAGUAAAUCUACAAUAUCGCUUAAAUGCAUUUUGGCUCGAACUAUUGGGCAGAUGAAUAUCGAUUACUCAGAGCAAUUAUCAGUAACACUGAAACACUUCAUUGAGUUACAUUCAGUGCCGAACAGCCAAAUACGAAAACGCUCUUGUCGUGAUCUCACAGACACCCAUUUUGAGAGCUACUAUGACUCGGACAUAAGCUUCGAUGAUUACUAGUGC